AUGAUCAGGUAUUUGGGUCUCAAAUGUAUGUCUCAGCGUUUUACAGCAACUGCCUUUACCCCUACUCCCAUACACCCACUCGUGUUUAGUCGUGUUAAAAUUCGCUGUCAUAGUACUGGGGAGAACGUACCAUUGAAAGCCAAUAAGCAAGAGCCGUUAAUAACACCUUCGGUACUGAAUCGAAGUCCAGGCCUCGACAUAUCGAUAACUGAGAGUGCUUCUCGUAGGCUCGGACAGAUUUAUAAAGAUAGCAAAGAGGUACUCAGAGUGUCUGUGGAAUCAGGCGGAUGCCAUGGGUUCCAGUACAAUCUGAAAUUAGAGAAGAAAGAUGACACUGUUUCCCAUACAAAGCGGUCAGAUAAGGACAACUGUGUAGACGAAUUUGAUGAGUUUGAAAGUCCUAAAGAUGUGGUUUAUGUUCUACCGCACAACGGAGGAGAAGUUGUCAUAGAUCAGGAAUCUUUAAAAAUACUCAAUAAUACGACAUUAACAUAUUCAACCGAGUUGAUUGGGUCAACUUUCAAGAUUGUUGGUGGGAAUAUGGCUAGUAGUUGUGGCUGUGGGAGCAGCUUUACUGUGGACACCUGA